GGUGGCUGACCGCCAGCAUGGCAACACUUACAGUAACUAAGUUAUAUACCCACAGGCUGCAACAACUGAUCUUCAAAUCGAGCCUGGAAACUGUUUAUCCAUCUGCCGGUACUACAUCGAUAGAGAUGUGGCUUGCAUGUCUGCCCCUCCGGGUAUGCUGGUCCGGACUUUCCUGGGUAAUCUACAUGUGUAACACUUUUCCGAGGGUUGAAACGGAAAGGAUUGCUCGGUCGAAAGUUGGGCAAUGAAGAAAGAAAAGCAAAAAAGGAGAGAAAAAUUUUCG